ACAGGGUGAAGGUGAACCCUGGCUCCACAUGCCAGCUUUGAGUACUAAACAUCCAUCCAUGCAGAAUGUCUGAUUGUUGAACUUUUACAUUAUUUUUCUAAAGACGUCCACAAACUCUCAUUUCCUACUCCAUCUACAACACCAAAAAUAACUGAAUCCUCAAAGACUACUUUUAUAGAUACCAUUUAUGCAUCAUACAAUCGCAGUCUCCAAUUGGUUUAUUCCUUUAUUAAUUUUUCAUUUUAUUUGCUCAUUUCACCUGUUGAACCAUCCAUGGGGUCCAUUUUACUUCAAAACUCUACUUCGUCCAACUCACCUCAUUUUAAUGUCCACUUUUCCAUACCUGUAUGGGUCAAUUGAAGGUAAUUAAUUCUGUCCUACCAAAUUUUAAACCAUCUCACUAUAGAAACCAGUCUGUUGACAUUGUUUUGUUUGCUAGUUUCCUUUGUGUCAUGAUUCACAAUGAAAAGAAAUACAACCAUUAAAAAAAUCAAUAUAAAGUGUUUCAGGUGAAGAUGUUAAGUAAUUUGAACUUCGCGUUAAUAAGAGAAAAAUCAAUACUUUUCGCAAAUAACUUAUUCAAAACAACUUGCUUGCUUUUCUCAGCUGCUUGUAAACUCUUUCUGUGGAUAUAAUUGUAAAAACUUUACACAAAUCCCAACACAAAUCUGAAAUCAAUCCUCGGUCAAGUCUGUAUUUGGAUAAGUCUUAACAAACAUGUUAAAGAAACGAGAUGGAUUUGUCUUGCUGUUCAUAGUUGUUACCCUACAAACUAUAACAGAAAUUAAUAGCAGGAAGAUGAAAUCAUCUAACCAGCACCAAGAGAUUAAAAACCUGGCUGCAUCAAUUGAUUAUUUUACAUCCAGCCUUUUUCAAGAUAUGGUCAUAGGAAUCAACGAAAAUGUCUUCAUGUCCCCCUUCAGUGUUGCUACCAUUUUAUCAAUGGUUUAUUUGGGAGCAAAACAAAACUCAGCUGAACAGUUGAAAAAUGUUUUGAAUGUAACUUCAACACCAAAUGCAUUAGCUUUGGCUUAUAAAAAAUAUUUUUCAGUUCAGAAGAAUUCAAAUGAAGCUAACAUGAGUAAAUCGGUAAAUCGUUUGUAUGUUGAUGAUAAAUUCCCAAUAUUGAAAAGCUAUAAGCACAAGAUUUCAAACUAUUUUUUUACGGACAUUAAAAAUGUAGAUUUCAUAAAAAAGGCUGAAAGAAUAAGAAUUGAUAUUAACAAGUGGGUUAAGAAAGAGACUUAUAACGAAAUCACAGAUCUGUUACCAAGUAAAAGUUUGUCCUCUGAUACAGUGCUACUUCUCGUUAAUGCCAUGCACUUUGAAGGAAUGUGGGCUGAAAGAUUCCCAGAAAAAGUAACGUCAUCUAGAGAGUUUCAUUUAAGUUCUGGCAAGACUAUAUCUUAUGAUUCUAUGUUUAUAUCUGAAGAUUUUAAUACAAAAAUAAGCCAUAACUAUAAAGCUGUAGAGUUACCUUACAUGGGGGAGAAAUUUAGUAUGUUUGUAAUUCUUCCUAAUAAAAUGGAUGGUCUUGCUGCUUUAGAGAAGGAAAUUAAUGCAGAAUUUCUCAAAGAAAUUAAAGAGAGAAAAGGGUUUAAACAAUUAUCUCUCGAGUUAUAUUUACCAAAGUUUCAUUUUCAAAGUGCUUUCGAGUUAUCAGAUACUUUACAAAAUCUUGGUCUUUCUGAUAUUUUUGAUGCCAGCAAAGCCAAUUUAUCAGGAAUAAGUAGUCGGAAGAAUUUGUAUGUGAAUAAAUUCUUUCAUAAAACAUUUAUUGAUGUAAAUGAAAAAGGAACAGAAGCUGCAGCUGCAAGCGGAGAAGUGGUAAUUAAUCCAGUAUCAGCCCAGACGGGAACAAUAUUUGAUGUUAAUCACCCCUUCAUAUUUUUAAUUGCUGAUAGAAGAAUUAAAAUGAUUUAUUUCAUCGGCAAGGUAACAAACCCAGCAGAUUAAAAACGUUUCCCUUCCCAUCACCCCAUCAAAAAAUGGUAAUAUGAUAGACCUUACAACAUUAUAGAGUCUUAGAAUUUUAACAAAGUAGAUUUGAUUGAAAUUAUUCAAAAACUCUAUAUGGAAUAUCAAAUAAAAAGUUUUAAAAAUACAUUGAAAGCUA